AUGCAGGCCGAGGAGUACAACCGCCGAGGUAAGGAGAUGGUGGACUACAUCACUAAAUAUUUGGCCUCCAUCCGGGAGAGGAGGGUCAUUCCAGAUGUCAAGCCGGGCUACAUGAGGGAACUUCUCCCGGACGCCGCACCCACUGAGCCGGAGGACUGGGAGAGAAUCUUCGACGACAUCGAGAAGGUCAUCAUGCCGGGAGUGGUCCACUGGCAGAGUCCUCGCAUGCACGCCUACUACCCCAGUCUGACGUCGUGGCCCUCCAUGCUGGGGGACAUGCUGGCCGAUGCCAUCAACUGUGUUGGUUUCACGUGGGCCUCUAGUCCCGCAUGCACAGAGUUGGAAAUGAAUGUGAUGGACUGGCUUUGUAAAGCUUUAGGGCUUCCUCAAUUCUUUCUUCAUUACCAGAGAGAGAGCCGAGGAGGAGGUAUCAUCCAGAGCACCGUCAGCGAAAGCACGUUGGUGGCUCUGCUGGCGGCCAGGAAAGACAAAAUUCUGCAGCUCCGAGCCGAGCUGGAGCACGACAUGGACGACUCGGUCGUGAAUUCAACGCUAGUGGCUUAUGCUUCGGAUCAGGCACACUCCUCAGUGGAGAAGGCAGGUCAGAUCUCUCUGGUGAAGAUCCGAUUCCUUCCCACGGAUGAGCAAUUGUCUCUGAGAGGAGAGAUUUUGAAACAGGCGAUCCAAGAGGACCGGAGGAGAGGACUAGUCCCUUUUCUGCUGUGCGCCACUUUGGGAACCACAGGGGUGUGUGCCUUUGACACUCUCUCAGAACUGGGGCCAGUGUGUGCAGAGGAGGGAUUGUGGCUCCAUGUGGAUGCCGCUUAUGCCGGGUCAGCCUACUUCUGUCCAGAACUGCGCUGGUCCCUUGCAGGCAUUGAAUUUGCACACUCGUUUGUCUUCAACCCAUCAAAAUGGAUGAUGGUCCAUUUCGAUUGCACGGCUUUUUGGGUCAAGGACAAACUCAAACUCCAGCAGACGUUCAGUGUGGACCCGGUUUAUCUCAGACACGAAAACUCCCAAGCGGCCACCGACUUCAUGCACUGGCAGAUUCCACUCAGUCGUCGAUUCCGCUCCGUCAAGCUCUGGUUUGUCAUGCGCUCGUUUGGACUGAAAAACCUCCAGGGACACAUCAGACACGGUAUUGAGAUGGCAAAGCUCCUGGAGUCUCUGAUAAGUAGUGACCCAAACUUUGAGGUUCCUGCGAAGAGAUACCUCGGCCUGGUUGUUUUCUGUCUCAAGAAAGGUAAUGCUUUAACCCAGGAGCUGCUGAGGAGGCUGACACGCUCCGGUGCCAUGUACCUCAUUCCCGCAGACAUUCACACCAAACGCAUCAUUCGAUUCACGGUCACCUCGCAGCACACCACGGCAGAUGACAUCCGCAGAGACUGGAGCGUUAUCUCCAAAAUAGCUUCCGGUCUCCUCGCUGAGACACGGGCUCUUGAUGGUUCGAAGACGUUUGGAGGCAAGGUGAAAGGAGAUGAAGAGAACCGAGGGGUCAGGGCCCAAGAGACCGAGGAGACAGCCCCGAGGAUGGACAAGGCCCAAGUGGAGCUUUGGAUUGACAAGGCUUGGAAUCAGUCCCGGAGACCCAUGCGCUCUCUGAGCUGCAACAGCGAGCCGCUGCCCUACAGUUACCUGGCUCCGAGAACCGGCUACGCCUUCGAAACAAAGCUGAGCCCUCACGAUGAAGCCGCCCUCCCGACGUUAGCAACGACAGCUGACGGUCCCGCCGGAACAGUGCCAGGGAUGCCUUCCAAUAUCGUGGGGAAGCAAAUCAUGAAAAAGCUGACCAAGUUUUACAGCGUUCCGAGUUUCUGCAAUCAGUGGGCGCAGGGUGGCCGGCACCAGCUGUGCUGCCCGCUAAAAGCGUCGCAGGCUUCAAAACAUUUGACCUCCACGUGUAGGAGAAUAAACUGCAUGCCUUCUUCGCCCAUUACCAGCUCAGCCGGGUCCCCUACUCCAAUGGAGACUACUCCUGGACCCAAGCUCCCGUAA